GAAAUUGAAUACAAUCAACUUUUGAUACGACCGAAAUACAAUCGAUAAGAUUCUAACCUCAAUUUCGAGACUUCGGCAAGACCCAAAAAUAAAAGUUGUUAUUUACACGACCGGCACAAAAAUGGCUGAGAUUGAUGAAAAUUAUCGAAAUGGAAUUAACGAUACCCACAUUACUGCGGACAGUGACGAUGGCUGUGAUACAUCAUUCGAAAAUCCCGUAAUGAAAUUUUUUCGUGGUUUCAAUGUAUCCGAUGACACGAUUCGACAAAUACAGGAAAAUGAUAUAAUGUUCAAGGAUUUGUCGGCACUUAAUGAGACCGAUCUGGAAAUGUUUGGAGUAAAAGAUGCAGAAAUACGACGUGAAAUGGUUGCCAGUAUGCGAAACACUUCAAAUCAAGAUAUGCAUUUUGACAAAUUUAUUGAAGAAAUGAAUCCAAGCAAGUAUCAAGAAACGGUUUACAAAAAUGUUCGCAAUCAAUUGCGUCUGAUCAACAUGACAUUGGAAGCAACACAAAUUACAUUGAAAGCAAGCCCAGUUGAAUACGAUAAACUGGUUGAUGACAACGUAUACAUUUCUACGCUCAACGCGAAAGCACUGAAGGAAACGCUCAAAAUUAUUUCGUGUAUAACAGAAACACCCGAAGAAUCAAAACGAUGGAACAAUUGGAUCUAUACAAUGGCUAGCAUUGCUGGUGUCUCACUGUUAGGUGCAGUGGCCAUUCUUCGUUUAAAGAAUAGCAUCUAGAUAAAAAAAAAAAACAAACAA